GGCUGUCAGUUAGCUGUCACAUUCCAGUGUAAAUGGUAGCAGCUAGCAUGGACAGUCUAUUGACCCCGUAGGGUAACUUUACGGCUGACUCAUUUCAGCGGAGUUUCAGAAAAGGGCCUACAUGCUAAAGUUAAACUUACUGCUGCCUACUGCGCAUCUAUAAGCGAUACAAGUGAGCAAUUUCGCUGUACAGUAUGCUGGGUGUGUACAGGACAAAAACGGCAGAUGAUGUGUUUGAUACGUCUGAGAAUGCGCUUCCGUUCAGUCUGCAACACGUUGCCUCCGAAGAACUAGGCGAGACGCCUUCAAAGAGAAAGGAAGCGCUGGAGAAACUCAGAAUGCUCUUAUCAGAGGAACCAAAACUGAACUCCAGGAGUGACGCGAGUUUCCUUCUGCGUUUCCUGCGUGUGAGGAAGUACAAUGUGGAAGCGGCUCUACAAAGUAUCAGGAACUACUACAAGAACCGCUCGGCGUCGGACUGCGUGUACCGUGAAUUCCUUCCGUCGAAGGUGCCCGUUGAGGCCCGGAGGCUCUGCCUUGUCCUGCCGCAUAGGGACGUUCAUGGACGCCCCGUUGUAUUCUGUCACGUGGGACACUGGAACCCCGAAGAGAUCAGUUACGCCACUCUGCAGCAGGCAUUCAUCGUGUGUAUGGAAUAUAUGAUAUCUGACCCGAUGGCGCAGACCCUUGGAAUUGUCAUCAUGGUGGAUUAUGAGGGACUCACGACCGAAAAAGUCAUGGCGAUGAAUCUCGGCCUCAUAAAAAGGCUACUAGACUACUUCCAGGACUGCAUGCCAGCUCGGUUGAAAGCAGUGCACAUCCUAAACGAACCGUAUGCUUUUGAUGUACUCUUCAGUCUGGCAAAACCUUUCAUCAAACAGAAGAUGGCUGAAAGAUUGAAAAUGCACGGCGCAAACUACGAGAAGCUUCAUGAAGAAAUUCCACCCAAUAUCUUACCGAAAGAGUAUGGUGGUCAGGGACCACAGUUUGAUUUCGACGCCUUCUGGAGGAACGUGGACGCGCAGGAAGAGGUAUUCGCAUCUGGUAACAACUUCGGCUACGACGUGCAGGAACCGGUCCGAUGUGCCCGAAGAUGGAAGUACAACGUGGAUGAGGCCAUGCAGACCAUCAGAAACUACUACCAGAACCGGUCCACCUGUAAAUCGGUUUACAGAGAAUUCAUUCCCUCAGCGGUGCCCCUGUCAGCGCGCAAGGACUGCAUGCCAUCGAGGCUGAAAGCUUUCCACGUUGUGCGACAGACGCAGGCUUUUGACAUCUUGUACAGUCUCAUGAAGCCCUUCUUGAAGAAUAAGUUGACCAGAAGGUUUAAAUUUCACGGGGAAAACUUCGAGAGCCUCCACAAGGAUAUUUCACCGGAAGAACUACCUCCAGAGUUUGGUGGCCAGGCACUACCACUCGACAACGAUGCCUUCUGGAGCAAAAUGGACGAUUUGGAAGCUGUCUUCCAGAGCGAUAACCAGUACGGAUACACCAACUACUAUAGAGGUGUCAUGUUGGGGACGUACACAAAAAGGUCGAUUAUAGAUGUGUACGACACAUCGGAUGGAGCACUGCCUUUCGAACUACAGCAAAUCGCUGAAGACGACCUCGGCGAAACGCCUGCGAGAAGGAAAGAAUCGUUGGAGAAGCUAUCCAAGCUUAUAUCAGAUGAGCCGGAUCUAAACGCAAGAAGAGAUGCCGAAUUCCUGCUUCGUUUCCUACGCAUGAGAAAGUACAACGUGGAGGUGGCCAUGCAGACAAUCAGAAACUACUACUACAACAGGUCUGGCUGCGAUUCCGUUUACUGCGAAUUUUACCCUUCAGCCGUGCCCCCAUCUGCGCGGAAACUAGCCGCGGUGUUGCCGUACAAGGAUCGGCAGGGCCGUCAAAUUUUUCUGUGCAACUUGGGUGCGUGGAAUCCGAAGAAACUAACGCACGCCGUCUUUCUACGUGCCAUUCUUAUGUGCCUAGAGUUCAUGACAUUCGAUCCCUCAGUACAGACCCUCGGGAUGGUUUUGAUCAUAGACUGCCGGGACUUCGCCAUGGAAAAUGCUCUGGCACUGAAUCCUGGGCUAGUCAAGAGGGGAGUGGAAUACGUACAGGACUGCAUGCCUUCAAGAAUUAAAGCAUUCCACGUUAUGCGACAAGGGCGAGCUUUUGACGUCUUCUUCAACAUCAUGAAGCCUUUCAUGAGGAACAAGAUGGCGAGAAGGUUUAUGUUACACGGAGAAAACUUCGAAAGCCUACACAAGAACGUUGCGCCGGAACAACUACCUCCACAGUUUGGUGGACAGGCGCCGCCACUGGACUACGAUGCCUUGUGGAGCAAAGUGGCCGAGUUGGAAGAUGUGUUCAAAAGGGAUAAUCGCUACGGCUACCCCAAGAAAAGUGGGGCCUUCGCCACACAGGAGGAAGUUGAAGAAGCUCUGGAGUUUUUGUGACACGAAAAAAAAAUAGCGGCGGAUACAAUUAAUUUGCGCUAUUUCAAUUAUUGAAACCAGAUAUCCACUAGCACCACAGAGAAAGGCAGCAUGCGGCCCGCAUUGGUUGGAGACUUGGUGCAGAGCUUAUACUGGCCAAAUUGAUGUUGUCGCAUUUUUAUCACAUUUGCGAGAGAGAAAAAUCAAACUCGUUUCAUUUAAUCGAAAAUUAAAGUCCUUUCACUCUCAUACUUCUUUACAAGCAAACAAAAA